GCUCACGACCAAAUACGAGCUAUGCUCGAUCAAUUGAUGGGCACAGGACGAAAUGGUGAGAAUAACAAAUUUCAAGUAAAAUAUUCGGAUCCGAAGGUCUGCAAGAGCUUCCUCCUGGCUUGCUGCCCCCACGAGAUACUUUCAUCGACGGUGAGUAUACUGCCAAAACAAAUUACUUAAACUUACAUGACGCGACUUGAAGUGUAGAUGCACUUUAAAAACAUUUACAUUACUGAUUGAAGAAAUCUUCGCGUCUCCACGCUAUUAUUUACAAUGGAUAAUAUGUUCUAGUAUAAGGUUAUAAUUUAUAAGUCCUUAGUACGUCAAUUUCCUUGAGGAUAGCAUAUGUACGGAGAAAUUUCAUUAUCAUAAUAAUUAAUGCUACGUCGCUUAUGAUUUAUUGUCAUCGUUUCGGAUUCAGAAUUAUUUAUUUUCAUAUCUUAUUUAUUUCGCUUGUUACGAGUCCUUAUUUUUUUUUCUUACUCUUGUUUUUUAAUUUUAUUUCAUCAAUUUUCUUCAAUUUGCCAACGAAUAAGUACUUCCAACACUUAUCGAAAUUCGCACAAUUCAUUUAUUUCAUUUUACUCAUUAAAUACAAUUAAAAGUUUUAGUACAUCUACAGUGUAUCAAUAACUCUGAUGUAUCAUUACUAUCAACACUGAUUACUGUCAAUCCUUUAAUUGAAAAAAUAUUGUGUGGUCUAAAUGUUCAGCAGUGGAUACACCUGUUGUUCUUAACAAUCGAUUCUGAAGCGACGAAAGGUAGUUAGGCUUUAUCAUAGCAUGGGAAGAUAGCUCUAAUGAAUUUGAUGUUAAGAACAGCCAAUAUUAUGAUUCUGCCACUUGAGAGAAAGAAGAAACUUGUAAAUUGAAUCUCUGCUCAACGUUUAGGCUUUACAAAUAAAUGUGUACAUUUUUCGUUUUUUAAGAUGAAUAGUUGUCCGAAGAGAGAUAAGUCUGUUAGAUUGAUAUGUUUUGUAUAGUGGAGAAAAUUUGUGAUGUCUUGAAUACGGGGCAGUUGUAUCGCUACUCCGCCACAUGUAAAGAAUAGUUAGGGGGAAAAAAAAUUAAACAAACAAGAAAUCAAUUGAUCAGAAGAAAAAAGGCCAUUGAAUUCACUAAUACCGAUGCGACUGCAGUUCUAUUUCCAGAGAGUCUGAAAAAUGCAAAACCAAUCCAAUGUACAAUAUCGUUGCGAAUAUUGUCCGAUCAUAUUGUUGUUUGUCUCACUCACACACGCGUUACUAAUAUCGAAGCCCUCGGCCCAGUGGUGAGGCUGCGAGCCAGGGCUUAGAGAAAUAUUUGCCCGUUUCGCCAGAGGCCUGUUCACUUAGCGCGCUUUGGUGAGUAGUAUCACGAAAGGAUCUUGAUUGUCAUUUGUCAAAUAAUUCGCCAUUGGUGGAAAAUAGGACAAAAUUUUCUGUGAGUAUGCGUGAACGUAGUUUCCUUUUGGAUUGGGGACAGGGAACGAGGGACAGAUCUGUAAGUAAGGCUGUCUGACUUUCACAUUGCCAAAAUUGAGGAAAGCGUCGUAUGUCUCAUCCAUUCAUUAGUUUCCAUGAUUCUAAGGAAUAUCGGUUCUACAAAUUGCAACCCUUCUUGCAAGACUCCGUUCACUUUUAUUUUCACUACCAUCCUUGCCUCGCUGCAACUAUCCCUUCUUGUUUCAAGAUUCUUUAUUUUAUUUUAUUCUAUUUAUUUGACAAUCGCGCUUAAUUUUGGCAAUUGGUGGUAAAUGCGUGAAAGAUCGAAGGAAGGACUCGAUUAUAGGCAGGAUCGCACGACACAGCUGUUACAAAAUUCCCUCACCACCGGAUGUACGUAUUCAACUCGAUUUUUAAAUAAAAUGCAAAUUAUUCAAAUCACUAUUUCAUAAUAUUUCGUUUUAGUUAACAUACUAAGUUAUAAGUUGUGUCAUAGAACUGAACAUGUAAAUUAAGGUGUGUGCUGAUUGUAGCGUCGUUGCCAUCGCAUUGUCGCGUCAGGCGGAGAGGUGUUGCCGCUCUGUAAGUGAAAUCAACAAAAUAUCUAACUAUAGAAAUUAUGUAAAUACUAUAUGUGAAAACAUCAGUUCUUUGUAUGUAUUUUUUGAUAGCGAAUCCAACAGUUUCACCGUCUUAAGGGAGACUGUCUUACCGGAUCUUAAUACAUUAAAUACAGGCUCGCACUUGAAUUAAAAGAAAAGAAAAAUAUGGAAAAAAGAACAAAGAAAAGAAUAUUAACAAUUAAGAAAAAAACCUAUGAUAUUAUUGACUUCCAAAACUUUUUUUUUUAUAAGAACAUUACCCAUGACUUAUUCACGUGAAAUGAGAAUUAUGUAAUUGUUCUCGGGGGAAUGGUGGUACAUUUAGGACUGUCAGGGGUGAACCUCAUUUUAAGAAAGUAAUUAAUUUAUUAUAAUUUGUGAAUCGCAGCGUAUGGACUUGGGGGAAUGCCCCCAGAUUCACGACCUGGCUCUGCGGGCUGACUACGAGGCUGCUCAGAAGAAGAGGGAUCAUUUCUACGACAUCGAUGCUAUGGAACACCUCCAAAACUUCAUAGCAGACUGCGAUCGUCGUACCAAACAAGCUAAGCAGCGCCUUUCCGAGACUCAGGAAGAACUGAGUGCAGAAGUAGCUGCGAAAGCUAACAAUGUUCACGUUCUCGCCGAAGAAAUUGGUAAAAAAUUAGCCAAAGCCGAGCAGCUCGGGGAGGAGGGCUUUGUCGAAGAAUCGAUGAAGUUAAUGGGUGAGAUCGACGAGUUGAGAAAGAAGAAAAACGAAGCAGAGCAAGAGUAUAGGAACAGCAUGCCGGCCUCGAGUUACCAACAGCAAAAAUUGAGAGUGUGCGAAGUGUGCAGUGCGUAUCUGGGUAUACAUGACAACGACAGACGAUUAGCCGAUCACUUUGGGGGUAAGCUGCACUUGGGAUUCAUCAAAAUCAGGGAGAAGCUCGCCGAACUGGAAAAAACCGUCGAAGAAAGACGUAAGGAAAAGCGAGAGACCAUGAUGGACCGGGACAGGCAGAGAGAUAGAGAAAGAGAGGACCGAGACAGGGACCGAAGUCGUGGUGGACUGAGCACUGGAUACAGAGAACGCGAUAGGGAUCGUGAUCGUGAUCGUGAUCGCGAACGUGAUCGUAGGGAUCGAAGACGAUCAAGGUCGAGGAGUCCCAGCCGUGGAAAGAGAUCUCGACGUUCGCGGAGCGGCAGUGGUGGCAGACGUUCUCGUUCCCAUCGCAGUGGAUCCAACGAUCGCAAGAGGUAAAAUAUCGCAGAGGCUCAGUCGAUUUAGACGUAAUUUAACGAGCGGACGAUAACUUCCUCAUAAAUAACGCUAUACGUUUUAUGCAGUGGUUUUGAAACGUUCUAUUAUAGGGAAUAUGAUAAACAUUACAUUUAUGAAAGGUGAAAACAAAAAAAUAAUUAAUUAUUAUGAAUUUAAAAUGAUCUUGGGACUUUCCAACGCUGAUUUGACAUUGAAAAUGUUAAACUGAGAUCGCGGUCAUGUUUCAAAGUAAAUAAUUAUACGGGAGCUCAUAAUAGUUCAAUUAAUUGUAUAAGGUACUGUUGUAAUUUUUAAUAAUUGAAGUACGAAUUAUAUGACUCUUAGUAUUCUGUAGCUUAGGGUGAAUUUUUAAUUAAAUUCAACAUGUGUAAAUAAAGUUUGAUAGUUCUCCCCGCAGUUGAAAACUAUUGGAUAUUUAUUAUCGUCGCUGAACGCUGCUCUAUACAUCACCGUUAGUUUCUGAAGACUUCACUAAAUAAUUCAACGAGACUCAUAUUUUUCGAUCGAUUUUUGGCCAAAUCUCCGUAAAAAAAACACCAAAGACUAUAGUCUUUGUACAUUUUUCGAGCGAUUUUUGGCAAAAUCUGUAGGAUCAAACAAUUUUUAUUGCUGAUUUAAAUUUCAGGAAAAAACCGAAAAUAAUUAUGAAAUUACUUGAAGGCUAUAUGAGAUGCAUAGCUUAUCGACCUCCGAAACAAUAGAUUUUCUUCUCAUGUAUAAAUCGAUGAUCGAAUAAUAAAUAUUCUCAAAAUUUGA